CUGAUCCGGGAUCAGACCUUGUGAAGCACAAUCUGUCUGCAGCAUGUUAGGCAUUUAACUGCGGGGAGACUCUGCACACAGAACUACAACUGUAACUGCAGAGUAAGAACCACAUGAUCUUAUGGUUUUUGAAGUAAUAAGGAAUCCGGUGAUGAAAGUAGUAAGAGCUGCAACUUUUCAACUUAACUGUAGCGCAGUAUUCAGGAGUAAACUGCCUUAAACAGGGCCAUCAGAAAGAAACAAAGCGGUUAUCUGGAAGAAAGCAUCACGCCUUAUUACUUUUGUGUUCUGAUAUAACAUAUUUACUUAGGUCUAAUGCAGUUUGAGGAAGGCAUAUCUUGAUAGAUGCAAGGCUACCAAAUUAAGGCAUUUUCUGGAUGUUUUACUUCUCUUCCAGUAUCAGGGGAGGUUUAACUGGAGCAUUUCUGUAAGAAAGUACUUCGUGUUCUGAAAUGUACCCAAGCUUCAUUUAAAAGGAAGACUAGAGAAAGAACAGCAUUACCGCUGGCUCAGACCUCCUGUCUGGUUUGAUGCACAUCCGAGUAAAAGCCUAAAGGGGCUGACAAGUUUUCUGCAUUUUAUUUUGCAGUCACCGGGGUUUCAGACCUUGUAAUUCCUUUGUGAUAAUUAACAACUGUGGAAAUUUGAGCCUUUUAAAAACGGAAUACAAUAUGCUGCUGAAGGAAUAUAGGAUCUGUAUGCCUUUGACUGUGGAGGAGUAUAGAAUAGGACAGCUGUAUAUGAUCAGCAAACACAGCCAUGAACAAAGUGAUCGAGGAGAAGGUGUGGAAGUUGUACAGAAUGAACCCUACGAAGAUCCCACUUAUGGACAAGGCCAGUUCACAGAGAAGCGUGUAUACCUCAACAGUAAGUUGCCUAGCUGGGCUAGAGCAGUUGUUCCCAAGAUCUUUUAUGUCACAGAAAAAGCCUGGAACUAUUACCCUUAUACAGUCACAGAAUAUACGUGUUCAUUUUUGCCCAAAUUUUCUAUCCAUAUAGAAACAAAAUAUGAAGACAACAAUGGAAGCAACGAUAAUAUCUUUGACACAGAAGCCAAAGAACUGGAAAGAGAAGUAUGCUUCAUUGACAUUGCCUGUGAUGAAAUUCCUGAACGUUAUUAUAAAGAAUCUGAGGAUCUUAGAUAUUUUUUGUCAGAAAAGACAGGACGAGGCCUCCUGAAAGAAGGCUGGCGGGAUACACAAGAUCCAAUUAUGUGCUCCUAUAAACUAGUGACAGUCAAAUUUGAAGUCUGGGGGCUCCAGACAAGAGUAGAACAGUUUGUACACAAGGUCAUCCGUGAUGUGUUACUACUAGGUCAUCGGCAAGCUUUUGCAUGGGUGGACGAGUGGUAUGACAUGACAAUGGAUGAAGUCCGGGAGUUUGAACGAGCAACUCAAGAAGCCACCAACGAAAAGAUUGGGAUUUUUCCUCCAGCCAUCUCGAUCACUGACUUUGUGCUGCCUUCGUCAGCCCGUAGUGGUCCUUCCAGUGCACCGUCUACUCCUCUUACAACAGAGGCUCCAGAAUUCCUACUAGUUCCUAAAGAUCGACCCCGGAAAAAAUCUGCUCCAGAAACUCUCACUCUGCCAGAUCUGUCAGAAAACAGCACUACCUUAAAAUUACCAAACAGCCUUUCUUCAAAAAAGCCAUCAGAGCCCAAAAAGGAGUAAUACCUCAGUUCUUCCUAAUCCCCGAAUUAAUGAGGGAAUGUAAUGCUCCAUGGAGGACUGUUACUUAAGCUUGACUCAGAAAAGUGCAUGCGAACAGUACUCUGUGCUACAACAUUUCUCCACGUCCCAGUCUCAGUGCCACAUUGCACAGGGUGUUUCUCAUUCCGUUUUUUUGUUUGUUCGUUUUUUUUUUUAAAUGGCAGAAAACCGACCAAACUCUCAGUUUCAAAAGCCUAUGAUGUUGUGGUUUCCUGAUAUAAAGUUGUAGUUAAUAUAUGGGGCAUGCAUUUUGCAGUGCUAAACUGUUGAUGGGCCAUCGAAGGUAAUAUGACAAUGACGUUGGUCACCAAACUGACAGAACUUUACAGGCAGUAAUUCCGGAAUUAAAUGUUUGUUAUUUACUAGAAA